AUGCCGGGUCAUACAGCCAGCAGCCCUCGAAUAGCUCGGUUUCGGUGGGGGCGACCCAGCAGCAGCAGUCGCCGACGACCUUUGACGCGUUGGAUCGGAGGACGGACAUCGGGACGCUGUACGUGCCGAUGCAGCCAGAGCAGUACCAGUCGUAUGGCGCGGCGGGGGCGAGCGCGAGCAGGGGCGUCGGGCCGCCUGCGCAGACGGUCCCGCCGUCGUUCUAUGCCGCGGGCGUCGUGCCUGCGGGUGGGCAGGCGGGCGCCCAGGGCCAGCGGAACCCGUUCUCGGGCGAUGCGGGAGCGCCGCAGUCGGGCAAGGAGCGGAGGUCGAGUGGGAUGGAGUUCUGGCCGAGAUGAGUGUGUCGUGUUCUCCGUCGUUGUUACAGCCCAACUUUUUUUUUCGUGUUCUUUUUGUCCUCGGUGUAGAAUGUGCACCGCCGCCCACCCUGCCUCCUUUUCUUAUCCUUUGUUCCCUAACCACAUAUCUUCCUCGCUUACAGUGUGCGCUCUUGUGAUCCUCGUCUACAGCAACGCGCAUUCGUCUGCCUCCUCCCGUCCAAUGCCAAUAUCAUCAUCUUCCUUGCCAUCUUCACUUACAGAUUUCUCUUCCUUUGUGCUUUCGACGUGGUCUCCUCUUCUUCUUUUCCUUCCUCUUCUCCCUUACUCUCUGCCUCUGUCAUUGCCACGAUUUUUUUUUUCGUCUCCGUCUCUUCUUCAUCACCGCCGCCCCGAACGAACAAACGAACAAACGAAAGAAAGAACGAACGGCAGCACACGCGGACGGGGCCGGGCUGGACUGAACUUGGCUCGGACGGGGCUCGGACAAUGGUGA